GGACUCCAAAGCACCGGCCUUAAGGAACAUUCAAACCCACAACUUCCGAACACAUUAUCAACAGCAAAAGCCGAAUGAAUAUAGAAUUCAGAAAAAGCCAAGAAGCCACAGUUCCAUUCAGGUCUCUUUCUCCUCAUUCCCAACACGUAACUGCCAACAACUCAUUGAAUCUCAUAAUUUAAACCAAAAUCUAAAUAUCAUAAGAAAUCGGAGAAACCUAGCCUUGACUCACACAAAACUCCACUCUUCGGAAUAACCAACCAUUUCCCGCGAGGAUACUUCCCAAUGUCCUCUCUUUUAAAUCUCCAGAACUCUCUCCACUAUAUAAAUUAACAUCCAACCCAACCCAACCCAAUACCACAGACUACAUAUCCAUCAAAAUCCCAUGGCAUUCAUCCUCUUCUUUGCUUUCUCCCUCCUCCUACAAGGAGCUCUUGGUGAGCUGAUAUGUGAAGGACUGCCCACCGAUCUGUGCUCCUUCUCCAUUGCCUCUUCAGGGAAGCGAUGCCUGCUGGAGAAGUGUGCGUCAACUGAUGGAACCACAGAGUUGCAAUGCAAGACAUCUGAGGUGGUGGUUGAUGGAAUGUCCGCAUGGAUUGAAACCGAACAGUGCAUCCACGCAUGUGGGGUCGAUAGAAACUCCAUUGGAAUCUCAUCAGACUCCCUCCUCGACCCUCAGUUCACCGCUCAGCUCUGCUCCCUGGCUUGUUACCAGAACUGCCCCAACAUCAUUGACCUCUACUUCAAUUUAGCUUCUGCCGAAGGAGGCUUUUUACCAGAUUUGUGUGCGAAUCCCCACCGAGCCAUGAGUGAGCUUCUGAGCUCCGGUGCAGCCUCUGGUCCCAUAUCUUCUUCUGUGUCAGCCAUUUCUCCAGCAUACAGCGACUCAUCUGCAGACUAUGCAGCUGCUCCAGCUCCAUUCUACUGAGUCAUCAUCAAUUUAUACAUAUUACUUAUUGUUUGUUGGAUUCAUCUACUUGAUCAGCUAGAUGAAGAAACUUUUUUUUUUCUUUAAAUAUAUGUUGUUAUGUGUUGAGAAAAUUUAACAGCGAAUAAAGUUAUUUAGUACUCUUUUUUCCU